CCCUCUCUUCUUUUUCUGGUGCCGUUCUCUGACUCUCUCCGUUAGCACAAUGUCCAGGUCGAUAGAGAUGGCACGCGCUCGUUUUACCCAAAGAUACGCAGCGGCCAACGUGGGUGUAUUCUGGGACAUCAAUGAUUUCCCCAUUCCCGAUUAUCUUGAUUCAUAUGCCUUUUAUGAAGAUGUGAAAACAAGUCUUCAGGAGAAGGGUUUUACUGGUAGCUUUUCAUUACAUCUAUACGCAGAUGGCGAUCCCUACAUGCCUGCCAGAUUGGUAAACCGAUUUCGGUGUCCCGAACUUGGAGUCAGUUACCUUCAGGUGGUGAAUUUUGUAGAGAUUCUUGGAUGCUGUUAGACGUUCUUAAGUGGUCAAUUCAGUAUCCAUCUUCAAAUGUCAUGAUCCUUGCCAGGAAUUUCAAAGAAGAAGCGGCAGUCAAGAUUUCCUACCUGGAUAUUAGUCACAACCUCUUCUUAGCGUAUGAUCUUCGUACCGAAAGCCCUGAAUGGCUUUGCUCUUUCUCUAUUAGACCUCUCUCUAUGAGACCUCGAAGUGCACAUCUGAUGAUGCCGACGAAGACUAAGAUAUAAUUCGACUCUUUUCUCUCCCUUUUCAGGAAAUUCGACUCUUUUCUCUCCCUUUAUCAAAAUAUUGUAAUUAUUAUUUCCAAAUAAAAUAAAGUAACAUUUUCUUAAC